GAGUCCGUUUUAGGGGGAGUCUUGUUUCCAUUCUGAACAGUAGAAUGCGGGAUGCACAUUCAAUUCUGCAAUCGCCAAUAUACUUCUCCAACGAGAGAAGAAAUGUCGCACCACCCGGAACUGUCCGCGAAUUGCUCCAGGCAGUGGCCAAAAUGAUGUCUGAAGAAAGUGAGCCCAUGAGGCACAUUGCUCUUGGGUCUCCUUCUCUGGAACAACCAGCGGCUGGUCACUGGUUCCCUGGCCCUCCCCCGCCCGUCUACUCCUGCACUCUGACUCCUGAGCUGGUGGCCAAGGCCCGGGAGGAGCUACAGGAGAAGCCAGAGUGGAGGCUGAGAGACGCACAGGCCCUGAGGGACAUGGUGCUGAAGGAGCAGCCUAACCUCCGGACCAGGCUGGACGAUGCCUUUCUCCUGCGCUUCCUACGGGCCAGGAAGUUUGACUAUGACCGUGCCAUGCAGCUGCUCCUCAACUACCACACCAGCCGGCGGGCCUGGCCCGAGGUCUUCCAGGACCUGAAGCCCUCCACGGUCAAACAUGUGUUAGACCUGGGCUUCCUGACUGUUCUGCCCCAUCCGGACCUUAAUGGAUGCUACAUCCUCUGUCUUAGACCUGGAAAAUGGAAAGCAAAUGACUAUCCAUUUGAGGACAACAUCCGGGCCGUUUACCUGACUCUGGAGAAGCUGAUUCAGCCAGAGGAGACUCAGGUGAAUGGGAUCGUCAUCUUAGCAGACUACACUGGGGUGGGCUUGUCCCAGGCAUCCAAUCCGGGCCCGUUCCUGGCCAAGAAGGUUGUCAGCAUCCUUCAGGAUAGCUUCCCAAUAAGAAUCAAGGCUGUUAACAUCAUAAAUGAGCCCCGGAUUUUCAAAGGGAUCUUUGCAAUAAUUAAGCCUUUCCUGAAGGAGAAGAUGGCAGAGAGGUAUGUUCUCCACGGGUCAGACCUGCGCUCUCUGCACUGCAAAAUUCCUCAAUCCGUCCUGCCAGAGGAGUAUGGUGGAGUGGCCAGACACCUUGACAUGUCAGCCUGGUCAAAGACAUUACUGGACUCUGAGGAGGAGUUUAUAGUGGAGUUCUGCCAGCCAGAUCCUCUAGAGGGCGUAGUCCUCCCAGAUUCCAUGCUGUUUGAAGGGGAGCAGCCUGGUGGUGGUGCCAGGGAUGACGACACCUUCAGGGGGCUACGCUCUCAGCUCUACUACUGUUACUGAUAAUGACCACCACCACCUCUCGCUACUAUGAGGACACUAGCCUGGUCCCAGAUGUGUUUGUGCUGUCUUGCCAACUCCUAUGGUCAUUGAUGUGACAUUGACCAUAGUUGGUAAAACAGAACUAGAUCUGGGACCAGACUGAGGACACCACUGUUUAUUUUUCCCACUAAUUGUUAUUUUGACCAAUCACAUCAGAUAUAUUUUUAGAUCUGAUUGUUUUUCACUAAUUGGUCUUUUGACCAAUCAGAAUAAGGCUGCCUGUAUAAACGCAGCAAAAGUUAUUUAGUAGAAAUCACUACAGGAAGAGCUAAAGAGAUGUCUGGGCCCAUAUUCAAAAAGCGUCUCAAGAGUAGGUGUGCUGAUAUAGGAUCUGUUUUUACCUUUGAGAUCAAAAUGAAUAUGGGGCCUACUACACUCCACAUUGGCCAAGCAUAAGGCAACUUUAGGUUCUGGUAAGGAAGCUUUACAGGAGCUGCUAAUGCAUGUAUACUUAUUUAGUAGUUUGUGCCUCUGUUUUAAAAUGGCUCUGAUUUCCAUUGUAAGAUUUAUUUCCCAUAGAGGAAGACGUUUGACUGUGCCCAUUUGAAAUGCCACUCACUUCCACUUUCUCCUUAAUUUCUCAGAAUACAUGUACUGAGUCUCAUCAUUGGCAUGGUGAUAUUCAAACACCAUGUAGUUACAGAAUACAAGUACCGAGGCUCUUCAUCUGCAUGGUGAUAUUCAAGCACCAUGUAGUUACAGAAUACAAGUACCGUGGCUCUUCAUCUGCAUGGUGAUAUUCAAGCACCAUGUAGUUACAGAAUAGAAGUACUGAGGCUCUUCAUCGGCAUGGUGAUAUUCAAGCACCAUGUAGUUACAGAAUAGAAGUACCGAGGCUCUUCAUCGGCAUGGUGAUAUUCAAACACCAUGUAGUUACAGGACACAUACUUUGCCUUAAUCUAUUUUUGAUAAUUAUAGAUAUGCAAGGGGUUAUGAUUGGGGUUUAAUUUGUAUGUAAUCAUACAAGUAUGCCACUUUUAUCCAAAGCAACGUACAGUGCAGUGAGUGGAUAGCGUACAAUUGUAGCAUGUGUAUGUAAUUCCAGCAGGAAUUGAAACCCAUGAACUUGCCUUUGCUGGCGCCAUGCUCUUCCUGAACCACUCAAGACCUGUAAUGUCUGAGUUACUGAGCGCCAAAGCCUACAGUGUACCUUCAUGGCAGUGUACCUACAUUAUCAUUCAAAAGUUUGAGGUCACUUUGAAAUGUCCUUGUUUUUGAAAGAAAAACACUUUGUCCAUUAAAAUAAUAUCAAAUUGAUCAGAAAUACAGUGUAGACGUUAGUGUUGUAAA